AUAAGUAAACCGCGAUUUGAUUUUGUGUAUAGUCGUGUGCCGACUGACAUUUUUAUUAUUAUUUUCUUAUUUAUUAAAAAUUUUCAUAAGUAGUUAUUAAUAACUAUGCAUUUGUUAAAUUAAAUUUCAAUCAGUUUUUGAUUACAAGUAUUUGUACAUUUCUUCUAGGUCGGUUUUUGACAAAUUCCUCGAUUAUAAUUUGCUGUACUUCUGAGUAUUACAAUGAGUUCAGGAUUGGAGAGCUAUGUGAACCAUACUGUUUCUAUUAUAACAUCAGAUGGCAGAAACUUUGUGGGAACACUUAAAGGAUUUGAUCAAACUAUAAAUAUAAUUUUAGAUGACAGCCAUGAACGUGUAUAUAGCCCGAAUCAAGGUGUUGAACAAAUUAUAUUAGGUUUACAUCUCAUUCGCGGUGACAAUGUUGCUAUAAUCGGUGAAGUAGAUGAAACAAUGGAUUCCUCAAUAGAUUUGAGUGCAAUCAGAGCAGAACCUAUCGGAUCAGUAGUAUUUUAAGACAUUUAUAUGAUAUUUUAAUUAUUAUGAAUAAUUAAAUGCAUUGAUCCUGUUAAAUUAAGUAAUUGUUACUAUUAAAACUAUGAUAGUAAUAUAAAAAUAAGGGCAGA